AUGUCUGUGGUGAUUGAAACAACCAUGGGGGACUUCACGGUCGAUCUCUACGUGGAGGAGAGGCCGCGAACCUCUAUGAAUUUUCUGAAACUUUGUAAAUUGAAGUAUUACAAUCUCCAACUUUUUUUCAAGGUGACACCGAACUUCGUUUGCCAAGCGGGAGACCCCACUCUGAGCGGAAGGGGCGGGAGCUCCAUGUUCAGUCAUCUUUAUGGGGAGCAAGCGCGGUAUUUCGAAGUUGAAAGCCAGCCCCGAUUGAAACAUCUGAAGCUGGGAACGCUAUCGAUGGUCAACAACGGUGAAGGGAUGUUGGGCUCUCAAUUUCUCAUAACUUUGAGCGACAACCUCGACUACUUAGAUGAGCAGGGACAUUGUGUCUUCGGAGAGGUUGUUGAAGGCAUGGAGUUCCUCGAGAGAAUCAACGAGGUCAUUUGUGACAAAGACGAGAGACCUAUGCAAGACAUCAUGAUUUCACACACGGUGAUCCUGGACGAUCCUUUCGCAGAGCCUGAGAACUUGGAAUAUCCGGCAUCCCCCGAAGUUACCCUCGACAUGCUGAAAUCCGAUCGUAUCGCCUGUUAUGAAGACAUCGCCGAAUAUGAAGGUCGCACAGCAGAGGAGAUCGAAGAGGCGUUGAAGGAGAAGGAAGCGAAAGCUCAAGCGACGGUAUUGGAAAUUAUUGGGGAUCUCCCAGACGCGGACAUGGCACCUCCGGAGAACGUUCUCUUCGUCUGCAAACUUAAUCCGGUGACGAACGAUGACGAUCUCGAGCUGAUUUUCUCGCGCUUCGGAGAGAUCAAAGGUUGUGAAAUUAUCCGCGACUGGAAAACGGGGGAGAGCCUUCAGUAUGCUUUCAUCGAGUUCGCUAACAAGGAGUCUUGUGAACAAGCUUAUUUCAAGAUGGAUAAUGUUCUCAUUGACGACAGAAGAAUCCACGUCGACUUCUCUCAAUCAGUCGCCAAAGUCAAAUGGAAAGGAAAAGGGCGAGGAGUCGUGGGAGACUGGUCUGAGGACAAGAAGAAAACGCGGUCCGACGACAGACCGCGAGAGAAAUAUGUGAUGAGGGAUACUCGCAAGAAAGACGGCUACAAGCUCAUUCUAAGAGGAGAAUCAGACGCGAGGAAGUCGCAGAAACGGGAGAUGUCGAGAAGCCCCGACAACCGACAUCGAUCCCACAGAAAGACGAGUCCUAAGCCCCGCCGGGAGAGCCCCCCUCCGCAGGGUCGAAGUAGAGAUUUCCAGUUUAGGGAACGUCGACGAGAAGGGAGAAGUACCUCACCGAGAAACCGAGGGAAGAGUUCCUCGCCGAGGAAUCGACGAAGAAAUCCCUCGCCUUCGGACCGAAGGAGCAGCCCAUCACAAAGACGGACCAAGAGGAGUCCCUCGCCGAGGAGAAGGAGGAGGAGUCCCUCGCCCAGAGGACAGAGGAGGAGCAUCUCGCCACAAAGUCGGAGAAUCAGCUCUCCUUCCAGGAAUCAGAAAAGAAGUCCCUCGCCGAGGAAUCGAAGACGGAAUCCGUCGCCGAGAGACCGGAAAGAUCGGGGGCGCAGAUCUCGCUCUAGAGACCGAUAUUCGGAGCGUUCGAAUCGCUAUUGAUUGAGACCUUGACCUUUAGAAUAAACAUGUAUAUAUAAUGAAUU